AGAGUACUAAUUUGGCAGGCGAAUCAAGCGGCUUACCAGUAUAAUUAGAUUAAUUGAUUGAGUUAGUUAGUGGAAGCGAGAAGAAAACUCUUGUCGAAACCCUCGCCAGAACUUUUCGUCCUCCUCGCUUUUUCGCAAGCGGAGGAGGAAAUACAACUCUCCGGCGACAUCUCAGCUCUCAAAGGGAUGCUACGACUGUUGUUGGCUGCAACUUUUGCGUGAGUGUAUUAUUUUCAUUUUGUGACAAACAUGGGAGGUUGCUGUUCUUCUUCUUCUUCCAGGCAUCCGCAUCUUGUUGGAACUCCUAUUUACUAUUAUUGUCCAGAAUCUUUUGGAGAGUUUGGGCCUUCAGGAGCUCGUGCUGGUGUGGGAUCAGCAGCAGCACUCACCACCACAGGCCUUCUGUCUGAUAUUAUUGGUUUGGAGACAUCAUCUAUACCCAACACUUUUUAUGCUCCUGCUCCUCUUCCAUAUGAUUUGCUUUUUGGGAUACCAGAUGAUUCCGAAUCUAUCAAAGGAAAGAUUAGUGAUAUCAGUUUUGAGACAUGUAAAGAGCUCGAGGGACUAGACUGUAAAACUCAACCCAGCUCAGUGAUUCUCUCGCCGAGUGAAUCAGAUCUCUCUAAACAAAAAACAUGGAAUAACCAAUUGGUAGACGAAGAGGAGGAGGAGGACUCUUGCCCCAUUUGCUUUGAAUUUUAUGAAGCUGAGAAUCCAAAAAUAAAGACAAACUGUGAGCACGAUUUUCAUCUCUCUUGUAUUCUGGAGUGGAUGGAAAGAAGCGAUGGUUGCCCUAUAUGUGAUAAGGAGGUUGCGUUUGAUGAUUGCUUGAACUAGCAUCAAUAUUCUCUAGUUUGGAAAUUUUAAGCGGUUACACUAUCCGGUUAGCUGCAACAUAAUUUGCAUACAUCUUUUUUGGGUGUUAUUCAUAUCUCACACGCAAAGUGUUGGGUUAUCUCUCUACGUUUGCGUCUGUUUUGUCAAUUGGGUUUUUUUUUUUUGUCAAUUGGGUUAUGUUCCUGAAUUGGUGCAGUUAUAUAGAAAAUAUACAUAUAUACAAAUGUAAAUAUCAUCAGCUGUCUUGCUCAUGUGUGGUCUUUGGUGUGUGUGUGGGGGAGGGUGAUAUAAAAGAGAAGAGCAUUACAGUCUGUGAUUGUUUGCAACAAAAAUCAAAAGUUCUCAUCAUGUUUUCAGUCUUGAUCCAUGAUUUUAUGAUCUAUAUGAAUUGUUAUUAUGGGAAUCAAAAUGAUUUUAUGUGUUAUAUUUUAUGAUAAUCAAAUAGUCAUGUAAUAUUUCAAAUUAAAGCGGAGAACACCUUUUUGAGGUUUCAUCAUUACCACCGUCAGUUUGUUUCUAUCUUUUUGUUCAUAAUAAUGAAAAGGCAUGGUUUUGCUCAA